UAUGAAUAAGUUAAGCAAAGACAUCGAUCCGCCUUCCUCCCCAUGCCGUUGUUGUUUGCCCGAUAACUUUAAAAGCCCAACCAUUACAAACUCUAAUGGAGGCUUGUCACGGCACCACCGCACUGUUCAUAUUGUCUGUCGCAUCGCAACCAAUUGUGUCCCCAAGUUGUUCGGUUCGGUUCCAGUGUGCUCGAUACGCCGUUCGCGCGAUUACAUCGAUGAUUGGCUUUACAAUUUGUAGACCUUGAUGAUUUAUUCUUCGAUCGCUCGCACUGACUGUUCAAACCUACCGCCGCGGACCGCGAACGGAUGCUUUCUCGGGCCGCGCGUGCAUAUUUCGGAAGUUUUCGCGACGACCAGGACCGAGAGACCGACCGGUUCGUUCGUUGUUGGUGGCUGACGCGUGCAGGUCGGGAGACUUUUCGGGUUUGACUAACAAAGCUAAUAUAAUGUUGUAGGUAGUUCCGCUUAAAUGUUUUAAAUUUCUCUCGUUUGUCGCCACCGGCCACUUGUUGGUGUUGACUUCGAUUCAGCGGCCCCAUAUAGAUGAUUUAAAUAGUAUCGGGGCGCAUGAGCUUACCUUCCCCUUAGGGGGAUGGGUUGGGAGAGGACGACGACGUCACUAUUAUAUUUGAUAAAGACACCCUCGUUCGAUGAGUUUGCGAUCAGUUUCGAAUCGGCACUCGAGCGGGUAACAAAGCGGCUGACCGUCCUCGUCGUUCACCGUUGGCGGGGCUUUUUUGAGUAGGUCGCUUCGGGAUUAGUUUGUUUGUCGAGAUUCAGGAGGUAUUAGGGUAGGUCUUGUUGCAAAACAGGAUGGCGCGAUUCAAGCAGUGGAUUUCGUUGAAGCAACCGGACAAACAACGAGUUUUGGGGUUGGAAACGGAAGCGGAGUAUCGUGCACGUUGGAUUUCGAUUCGCGUACUGUAUUUCACGGGGUUCGUGAUGUUUUUGGCCUUCGGAAUCGUUGCGACCGGAGUUUGGCCCUACCUUAAAUCCCUGGAUCCAUCGGCGAAUAAAGUAUUCCUGGCCUAUAUAUUCGCCGUGCCUCCGGUGGGCCAAAUAUUUUUCAGUCCAUUUUUCGGAUGGUGGACAAACAAGCUGUCCUCAGUUCGAGAGCCGCUCGUAAUCCUGGUUGCAGUAUUCAUCAUUGGAAAUAUAUUAUAUUCCGUCACGGAAGAAUUUCAAGAUCAUCGAAGGUACAUACUUCUGGUGGCGAGAGGACUGGUCGGUGUCGGGACAUCCGCCGUCACAAUCUGCCGAGCUUACAUUUCAUCUGCAACACGAGUGUCCGAAAGGACCAAAACCAUCUCCUACAUGGCACUAGCUCAAAGCAUCGGGUUGAUGAUAGGACCCACGUUUCAGUCGGUAUUUUCCGGAUUGGGAGAGCAAGGAUUCUCAGUAUUCGGCUGGUUCCGAAUCAACAUGUACUCGUCAGCCGGUUGGAUCUGCGUAAUAUUAGGAGUGUUCAACAUUUUCUUCCUGCUGCCGUUCAUCUUCAAGGACAGCCCAAUUGCCGUUAAAGAAGCUAUGAAAAGUCAAGGGGCGACCAAUGCGAAGGAAACGUGGAAAUCGAUGCAGCUGCCAUAUUUUUCCAUCACCGUGACAGUAGUUGCGUUUUCAUUGCUGAUGUUCUUAUAUGUGGCGUUCCAAGCGCUCUUGUCCCCCAUCGCGUUGGACCAGUUUGGCUGGAGCAAUGAGGACUCCCUUUUCUACCUGGGCAUCCUGAUGACGGUUGGUGCCCUAAUAUCCUGCAUUUUAUUCCUGCUGUUGGACCCAAUGUGCAAACGCUUCACCGAAUCGAAUGUCCUGGUCUACGGUGCAAUGUUUGCUCUCUUCGUCAGUCAGCUUUUGCUGAUCCCAUUUGGAUCGGACCCCAUAACAUCGGUAGCGAAUGAAGGCAACUUUACCGAUGGAAAUUCAACCAUCACCACCAUUCCCGGAUGUCCCGCAACGCAGGAGUGGUGCCAGUGGAUUCCGCCCAUCGGCAAAGUGCAAUUUACGAUCUCCUACACGCUGCUGUGCGUAUCGUUCUCGAUCGGAACGACGUUGAGCCAGGCCGUGUUUUCGAAACUGUUGGGCCCAAGGCCGCAGGGAACCUGGAUGGCUCUGCUGACGUGUGCUGGAAGUGCAGCACGAAUCUUGGGACCUGGCUCGGUGACGAUUUAUGUGCUGUUCGGAACGUACUGGACGUUUGGAGCUGGUACGAUUUUGGCCGGAUUGGUGUUCCUGUGGAUGUGGUUCUACCGGGAUAGCUUACAGCCUGCUAAGCCGGCGGUGACAGCUGAGUUGGCUGAGGAACUCAAAGUGCUUAACUCUACAAAACUUAGACAAUAGAGUAGGUUUUUAUUUGCGAGAAAAAGUAGCUGUGAUCUGUACUUAUGAGAUAAGUAAUAAAGAUUUUCGUUUUAUA